AUGGACGCCGCCUCCGCCGCCAACAUCAACGAGAUCUCCCUCGUCAGCCCCGUGGCUUGCGUCAACAAGGGCAGCCAGCUCCGGGUCUACGUGCUCUCGGUCGACGGCGACGUGCGCGAGAUCCAGUACGAGGGCCGCUGGAUGGGCGGCGAGGCCAAGAACAAGAUUGGCCAGGCCAAGCUGACCAGCCCGCUGGCGGCCACGUCGCUCGGGCUCGACAAGAUCCGCGUCUACGCCGUCGCGCCUAACAACACCAUCUCCGAAUUCGCCUACGACUCGGGCAAGAACUGGUACGCCGGCGGCCUGAGCGGCAAGUUCAAGGUCGCCCCCUACUCGGGCGUCGCCGCCACCUUCCUGGCCGGCAAGGCCGUCCUGCGCGUCUACGCCCAGAGCGAGGAUAACACGAUCCAGGAGUACUGCUUCGACACCAACGACAAGGGCUGGACCAAGGGCACCAACCUCGGCGCCGCCCUGCCCGGCACUGCCAUGGCCGCCACCUCGUGGUUCAAGGACAACAAGCUCGGGAUCCGCGUCUACUACCAGUCGGCCGACCAAAAGGUGAUCGAGAAGUGCUGGGACACGGGCAAGGGCUGGACCAACGGCGGGCUCGGCUUCGUGGGCUGCCCGCCGCGGGCGCCGCUGGGCGUCGUGUCGUGGGACGGGCCGGCGCACAUCCGCCUCUACUACGGCACGUCGGACGGUCGCGUGCGCGAGAAGGCCUGGGACGGCAGCAGCUGGUACGACGGCGCCUUCGACCAGGCCAGCGUGCCCAGCUCGCGCGUCUGCGCCCUCACCGUCGGCGGCUCCAACCUGCGCGUCUACAUCCAGAACGGCUCCUACGUCUCGGGCUUCAGCGAGUUCGCCUGGUCCUCGGGCUGGAAGCCUGCCGCCUCGCCCCUGCCGCCCAAGGCGUAG